AUGGCCAACACCUGUCCGGACAUGUAUAUACGCUUGGGCAGAGGGGCUGCGGCCGGUCAUGUACACGAGGGCAGAGGGGCUGCGGGCGGUCAUGUACACGAGGGCAGAGGGGCUGCGGGCGGUCAUGUACACGGGGCGGAGGGGCUGCAGAGGGGCUGCGGGCGGUCAUGCUACACGAGGGCACGGGGGGGCGGAGGGGCUGCGGCUGGUCAUCGUACACGCGGGCGGAGGGGCUGCGGCCGGUCAUGUACACGGGCAGAGGGCUGCGCCGUCAUGUACACGUGGGCAGAGGGGCUGCGCGGUCGUCACUGGGCAGAGGGGCUGCGGUCAGUAGGGGACGCGGGGAGAGCUGCCGGUCAUGUAGACACGGGCAGAGGGGCUGCGGCCGGUCAUGUACACGCGGGCAGAGGGGCUGCGGCCGGUCAUGUACACGCGGGCAGAGGGGCUGCGGCCGGUCAUGUAAACGCGGGCAGAGGGGCUGCGGCCGGUCAUGUACACGCGGGCAGAGGGGCUGCGGCCGUGUUUCAUCCUACUUCUACUAAACAUAAAAGUAGAGGUAUACUGUUCCUAACACCAAGCAGUAUUCUAACUAGAGUCUUUUCUUUACUUCGAACAUUAAAAGUCAACCAGCUUUUGCAGCUGUAUAACAAGGAUGACAUCGCAGACGCAUGA